GAGUUAUUUACCGGAAGCAGUUUUAACUGCUCACCCUGAUGUGACGAAUUAAUUCUGCGACAUCUCACUGAACGAAGUAAUGCCGUUUACGUGAAGUUAGCCAGCAAGCUAACUCGUUUUCUGUUCUAUUUGUGUAUGCAGUACGUCCAAAUAGAGCGUUUUAUCUUCUCAAAUUUGUCCCAGCCCCAGGAUGAUUGACACCGAGAGGGGAGCGGAUGACGCUGGCCCAGCAGAAACCAGCAGUAAGAUCAAGGAGACGGAAAAGAAGAAGAGGUCCCGCGUCAAGCAGCUGCUGGGCGACGUGAAGAAGCAAGUGGAGUUCUGGUUCGGAGACGUCAACCUUCACAAGGACCGCUUUCUCAAAAAAGUCAUUGAUGAGUCAGAGGACGGAUAUGUCGAUAUAUCUGUGUUGGCGAGCUUCAAUCGAAUGAAGAGGCUGACAAGUGACACCAAGCUGAUCGCCAGAGCGCUGAAGAAUUCAUCUGUAGUCGAGGUCAACCUCGAGGGAAAUAAAGUAAGGCGCCAGCUUCCGAUUGGAGAAGUCCCGAAGGACGUCGACAGCCGCACAGUCUACGUGGAACUUUUGCCCAAGAAUGUGACUCACGGCUGGAUUGAGAAGGUCUUCACAAAAUGCGGGAACGUGGUUUAUGUCAGCAUCCCCCGAUACAAGUCUACUGGCGACACCAAGGGGUUUGCCUUUGUAGAGUUUGAGACGGAGAAACAAGCCCAGAAAGCCAUCGAGAUGCUAAACAACCCCCCUGAAGAUGCUCCCAGGAAGCCGGGGGUUUUCCCCAAGACGAAAAGUAGGAAGGCCAUCCCUCUGCCAGCUGACAAUCCUCCGUCAGGUGAAGAAGAGGAGAAGAGAAAGCGAAAGAAGAAGAAAAAGAAAGAAGGCGCCACAGUGCAGCCUCCUGCUGGAGAAGCCAAAGAGCAGGCGAUGGAGGCAGAGCCGUCGGAGCAGAAGGGGAAGCCCUCGGGGGUCGUCGGCGCACAGAAGACACCGGACAAACCGCCAGAAAAGAAGAGACGACGGUCGCAAACGGCAGAGGGAUCUGAGGGGGAGUUGUUGUGUAAACUGUGUUGGGACCAUUUUCUAGAUCCACCAGCUAAAAGUGACGCAGACAGACGGGUUGAGAAAGGGAAAGAAAACCGAGAUGACUCGACGGUGAAAGCAAAGAGGAAGAGAAAAAAGAAACACAAGGAGAAGCUGAAAAUCGGGGAAGAAGUCAUCCCCCUCCGGGUUCUGUCAAAGAAAGAGUGGCUGGAGUUGAAGGAUGAGUAUCUGACCCUGCAGAAGUGCAGCAUGAAGACCCUGAAGAAGUGCAUUAACGAGAUAGAUCACAAGAAGCACAAGAGUCCAAUGGAGACAGUCGACGAGCCUCAAGAUGGAAAUGUUGAGAAGAGUGACAAAGGGUCUAACCCAGGCCCUCAGUUCACCAGUGGGGUCAUCAUGAAGAUUACAGACAGCAAGCCGCUACCAGGGAGGAAGAUCAUCAAGGAUGCUUUGUGCAAAAUCUCCCCUGUGGCGUACAUUGACACCUUGGACGGAGACGCUGAGGGUCACAUCCGCUUCCACACCCCGGAGGACGCUAAAGCCGUUAGCGACGCAGGAGCAGAGCUCCAGAAGGAGCACAGCUGGAAGCUGGAGAUCCUCGCAGGGGACCAUGAACAAAGGUACUGGCAGAAGAUCUUAGUGGACCGCCAGGUCAAGCUGAACCGUCCCAGGGAGAAGAAGCGGGGCACAGAGAAGGUGAGACCACGCUUUACAUUUUUAAAUAGAAAAUUAUAUAUUCAUGCAUGUUACUGUGCACAGCAAUACAUUAUUGAUCUUUCCAGUUUGGUUAUGUAAACAAUACGUUUACAGUAAGUU